GGGCACGACGCUCACCAUCGUCCUUGACAGUCAACAAGAAGCCAAGAUGGCGACCGCCCUGAAGACUCUGGGCUCAAGCCUGGCGAGAAACCUGCGAGAGAUCCGCAUUCACCUCUGCCAGAACUCUGCAGCCAGCCGGGGGGCCAGAGACUUUGUGGAGCAGAACUAUGUGACCCUGAAGAAGACCAACCCAGACUUCCCCAUUCUGAUUCGGGAGUGUUCUGGAGUCCAGGCCCGGCUGUGGGCCCGAUACGAUUUUGGGAAGGAGAAGAGCGUCUCCGUGGAAAACAUGUCUGCUGAUCAGGUGGCCGCCGCCCUCCAGAACCUGGCCCAGGCCAAACCAUAAGCCCCGCCCCCUGGCGCCAGGUCCAAUCCAGCUCUGUUCUGUUUUUUCUGUAAAUGUGUUGAUAUGAAUAAAGCCUCUGAAUCCACA